UCCACUCUUUCUAUCUACAAGCUGUACGUGUACUCCAUUCAACAUUGAUGCUUCUCUCCUCCAGCUGCGUCGUUUUAUAUACCUAUCGCGUCUACAAUUCGCCCUAGAAGCCCUGGCCUAUGCGACUUUCCAACUUUCCACACACUCUCUCCCUCCCUUGUACAUUUCUUGCUCACUCCCUCGUACAGUACCCUAUUUCUGCCGACUAACGGCCGGUCUAGUCUCUGAGGACCUCACCCUCGGCUUCUUUGCCCAAUUCUUGUGCCCAGUUGUACGACCACCGGGUUCGCAUUGUCCUUUUGUUUGUGGUAGUCCAGUCUUUGUCCAACCCACAGCUUCUUUACGAACGGCAACACACCUCCCCGCUCCGUGCCGCCCGCCACGUUCCCCUGAUGCUGCCGCUCUGUUAAUUUACGAAUCGCCUGCCUUGUGGGAUAUCAGUUUCGACGUCCUUUGAUAGGAGUCCUUACGUUCCUUACCUAUCUGCACACGCCUUUUCCCAGCGCACACCGCCAAAGCAGAAUUGUCUUGACAUUCUCUCUGUCUUGGCAUACUCUAUCUGCCAGAUUGACUCUGGGCGUCUCGAUACGAAUUCUGAUUUCGACCGCCAUGUUAAUAUCCUGCAACUUAUUCUGUUAGGUCCUCGCAACACCACGCGAAUUAUCCGCUAGUUAGAAGGGUAUACUCGGCAUCUAGGUCAUAAUAAGCAAUGUUGGCUGUACAGCCCCGGCGGUGGCUAACAAGGCCAAAAGGCCUGCUUGUCUUCGCAUUCACUGUGACCACACUUUAUUGGCUCAUGUUACACAGUUCGAGUCAUUAUCGAGAUGUAAUUCGGGAGAACCCUGCAGCGGUUGCAAACGAUGCACUCAAACAGCCGGUCAUAGAAGAAAUAGAUGAUGGGGAAAACCCGAACCACGUGCCUAGUUUUGAGGAUAAGAUGAAGGAGGCGCAAGAUGAGCAACAAGAAGCUAUACGCCAGCAAUUCAGACUUGAAUACGACCAGCUAGGCCGCCAAUCCGGGGCAGAUGCUAUAUAUGGCAAGACCUUAAACAAUCUGGACAUCAGCAAAUCACGGUCACGCAGCUUCGAAGCCCAGCUGACUCCCGCCGACACUCCAAGUUACUUCACUACGCACAAACCAUAUGUCUACAACCCUUACCCAAAGCACAUGCAAAACAGCAAAGGGGGAUUGUAUGUUCCUUGCGACGGUCCGGGAGGAAAGGUAAUCUCCGACAUAAAGGUGUUCAAGGGAAUUCCGAAGGAUUUUCCCGAGCCUCUCAUUGGUGGAUACGACAUUUUGGAGAUGGAUGGCGAUCUGUGCUUUGAACGUGAGACCCGGCUUGGUAUGUACGGAUUCCAAAAUGCCAACGAUACCUCCGAUCCAUCGGUGGACUGGGAUAAAGUACAUUGGGGUGAAUUACAAGAGAAGUGCGUCCAGAAGAACAAGGCUCGAUUUGAUUUACAGGGCCAGCCAAACCCAUAUGUCAAUUCAGUUUAUUCAGACAAGAAGACCGCCCCGUUCAUUGGUGCGGACAACGAGCUAGAUCUUGAGGAUACACCCAAAGGUCGUGAUCAUAACGAUGAUCUCAGGAGGGGCUUUGGUGCUUCUAACAAGCGACCCACGUCGGGGACAUCUCGCCCCGAGAACGCGGAGUCUCGGUCAGCAAUUCUACUGCGGACAUAUACUGGAAAGGACUAUAAUGAAAACGACAAGCAAGUGAUUCGUGCGCUUAUCACUGAGCUAUCACUGCGAACAGGUGGUCUCUAUCAAGUUUUCUUACUUGUCCAUGUCAAAGACAAUGCCUAUGCGAUCUGGGAUGAUGAGGGGACUUAUCAAUAUGUCCUCCAGCAAAAUGUCCCUGCCGAGUUUCGAGACAUAGCAGUGCUAUGGAAUGAUGAGGCCGUACAGGCCAUGUAUCCGAAAUUAGACCCUUCCAAAGCGAACGUGCAUGUAUCUCAAUGGCUGUCGGUCCAGAAGUUCAUACAGGAAUUCCCCGAAUUCGAUUAUGUUUGGAACUGGGAGAUGGAUGCUAGAAUUACCGGCCAGCACUACGACUUCUUAGAGAAGUUGGCUGCCUUCGCAAAGAAGCAGCCACGGCGUGGUCUUUGGGAGCGAAAUGAGCGUUACUACGUCCCCUCUGUGCACGGCGAUUACGACACAAACUUCCGAAAGGAAGUAGAGGAGCUUACAGGAGAAGAUACCAUUUGGGGACCUCCCGAUUUCCCUUUUGUUACUCCUGUCGGGCCAAAGCCUCCCGUGGCUCAGCCUGAAAAAGAUGACUACCAAUGGGGUGUCGGCGAAGAAGCUGAUUUGAUUACCGUAGCUCCGAUCAUUAAUACCAACUUCAGUGGCUGGGUUGGUGCUAAUGACGUGUGGGGAUUCAACGACUCAUCACACGCCACUCAGCAGCUGCCACGACGGGUGACUAUUGUCACACACUCGAGAAUUUCGAAGAAGUUAUUAGACAUCAUGCAUGUUGAGAAUUUGCGAGGCAAUGUAAUUGCUUCAGAGAUGACAUGCCAAACCAUAGCUCUCUUGCACGGCCUCAAGCCCGUUUAUGCACCCAUGCCGAUGUUCUUCGACAGGCCGUGGAAAGGCAAGGACAUUAUUCGAUGGUUCAACUCUGGUGAAAAGGGCGAUAGUGGAGGUGAUAACUCUGCCAUUGGCUGGGGACGCGAGGCUAGGUAUGGCGGAAUCACAUGGUACUACAGAGCAGGUCCGCCUCAACGACUGUACAACAACCUUAUGGGGUACGAAGACACCAAGAUGGGCGGUGAGGAAUGGGAAGAGAUACACGGCCGCCCAUGUUUACCGCCAAUAUUGAUGCAUCCGAUUAAAGAUGUUGCUCCAACGGAAAGCGGCUACGAAAGUGAGUCCCGGCUACCGUUUGGCUAAGAUGUUGGCGAGUGGAGGCUUGUUACACUCUAGACGAUCGAGUCUUCGCGAAACAUCCAAGCCCACAUAACGAGUCGGCCUUGGUGGGAGCACAAAAACUUCAUGGCAUUGUUUGGCGUUCACAUUCUGUAAUUUUCACGUGUGCUAUAUUUAUAGCCACGAUGCAUUAUCUGGGCGUCCUUGACCUAGUUUCUUUUUUCUUUUUGUUUGGGAGGAUAUACCAUAUCAGGGCGCAGGGUGCACUGAUGGAAAAACGACACAUCAUAGAUUAUAGAUGGAUGGCAGAUCCAGGAAAAGACAGAAGGGUCUGAUACAUACGACAAAUCACCUGUACGAUAUUUCCUAUCCUUCUGUUCAACGCAGGGCAUACGUUUGCCCUCACAUCGCGCAUUCGCAUUCGAUACCAUGGAAACACAGGUGCAUCUUGGUCCUCUGAAAGGACGGGGACACAUGUAUAGCAUUAACCGGUGAAAAUCAAUACGAAAUUCAAUGGUGAAUUUAACC